AUGGCCCUGAUGCUGGGAGCUGAAUACAGGAAGCAGGGUAUGAGCUGGUACUGGUUGAGGAUCUUGAUAAAGUACAGCUGUCUGACUGGCAGGGCGAUGGCAAAGACGAGAUCAUCAGUCGGCGUGGAUGACCAGUCAGCUGCUCUGAUCCUGGUGCUCCUAUGUGACGGGCAGCUGAACAUUGGUCAGCUGGAGACAGAAUCUGACCCAGGCCUAGAGACUCACCUCCAGGCAGUUCUGACUCUUGUGCCAACAACAAACAGACAGAGUGUAGCUAAAGCUUCGGGGAGCAGACGGCUGGACACCAGUCACGCGUGCAGUGUUCGCUGGGAAGAAGGAUGUAUUGGAGGUUUUACGAAACACAAAGGUUUACCAGCUUUCAUCAUCAAAAAGGCUCUUCAUCUGGCAUACACCCAUAAUGUGUGCAGCAGCAUAGCUUCAGGAAAGAAGAAAAUAUUCGACCUUCUUGUGUCACGGAAAGCUGACAUCAAUCUGAAAGAUGAUGACAACAACAGCCUCCUCCUUCAUUUGGCAUGUGAGCCAGACGAUACGUCAAUUUUACAGACUCUCCUGUCACAGCUUGACAUCAACAUACCAGGUCAACACGGCUGGACACCGGUGAUGAAGGCAGCCGUGAAUGGAAGAAAGGAUGUAUAUGACCUGCUUGUGAAGGAGAAUGCAGAUCUUAAACUGACUGAUGACAAUGGUAACAAUCUCCUCCAUCUUGCUUGCCACGGAGGAAAUGUCUCCAUUGUGAAGAACCUUCUCCCACAAUUUGACAUCAACAGUCGUGGAGGCAAUGGGUGGACGCCGGUGAUGUAUGCGGUUGUCAAUGGACACGAGAUUCUGUUCCACUUGCUCGUGUCCGAAGGGGCGGAUCUCUCUCUAAGGGAUGACUACGACAACUCGGUAUUUCAUUUAGGAUGUCUGGGAGGAAAAAGAGCCAUAGUGAAGGAUCUACUGCAAAAGGCUGAUUUGAACAGUCAGGGAAACCUUGGGAGAACAGGUGUUAUGAAGGCGGCUUGGGCAGGCAAUGCUGAGGUUUUCAAACUUCUUGUGUCAAAGAACGCUGACCUCAAAACACUUGAUGACAACAAAGAUACAAUACUUCACCUGUCCUGCCAGGGGGGUAAAAGCUCCAUUGUGGACUAUUUAAUAGGGGAAGGUUCUGACAUAAAUUGUCGUGGAAAACAUGGCUGGACAGCGGUGAUGAAUGCAGCCUGGUGUGGAAAGAAAGCUGCUUUUCAUCUACUGUAUUCAAAGCAGGUUUCCAUGUCUGUAAACAAGCUGUGCCCUGACACAAUACUUCACCUGGCGUGUGAAGGAGGAAAUAUUCCCAUUGUUCAAUCACUUCUGUCAACAUUCGAUGUCAACAUUCGGGGAAAGAAUGGCCGAACUCCAGUAAUGGCUGCAGCAUGGGCUGGGAAGAAUGAAGUGAUCGACCUUCUGAUGACAAUGAAUCCUGACCUCAAACUGACUGAUCACUACAGCAACAACAUUCUCCAUCUUGCAUGCCGGGGUGGAAAUACAUCAGUUAUUGAGUUUCUCCUGCCGCUGUUUGACAUAACCGUUCCUGGAGAAGAUGGAUUUACACCAUUAAUGAUGGCAGCCUCAGCGGGAAGAAGGAGGCGUACGAUCUGCUUGCAACAAGAGGGGCCGCUAAGCCAUUGCUUACCUCUAAGGGUGAUAAUGUUCUUCAUGCUGCUUGUCAAGGGGAAAUCUGGCCAUUGUAAAGGAAGUGGUUGA